AUGAAUGGCUCCGUGACGCUGAUCCUAGUAGUGAUGCUGGCGGCUCGAGUGGCCCACUCAGCCAGGAUCCUGGGCAUCAUCCCGACGGCCUCCAUCAGCCACCAGCUGCCUUUCAGACUGAUAGCUCUCGAGCUCGCCAAGAGAGGCCAUCAGGUCACAGUCAUGACAACGGACCCGAUAAGAAAAAACAUCCAGAAUUUUACAGAAAUUGAUGUAUCGAUGACAUACGACUAUUGGAGAAAAACAUUUGACUUUACUUCGAUGUCAGACCGAAGUCCAGUUGGAUUCAUAGAAAGAUGGUCUCCUUCAGGAAAGGCGACGUGUGAGAUCCAGUUAGAAUCCCAACAGAUGAAGGAUUUUCUCCGGUCCCAGCCGUCUUUCGACGUAGUUAUUCUGGAGCAGUUAGUAUAUUAUUGCUAUUAUGGCUUGAUUCACCAGUUGGGAUCCCCACCAACAAUUGGCUACGUGUCUCUGGCCGCUCCUACUCCAGUUCUCGCUUCUUAUGGAAAUCCCAACAACCCAGCAUACUGUCCCGAUCUGCUGGUUGGCUACACAGACCACAUGUCUUUCUGGGAAAGACUAUAUAAUGCCUAUUUUAUGGCUCGAAUGUUUUACAUAUGGAACUACGUAACAAUGCCAUCGCAAAAUGAACUGAUUAGGAAAUAUUUUGGCCCUGAUCACCCCCCUGUGGAAGAAAUUGACAGAAACUUCAGCCUUCUUAUUGUCAACAACCACUUCAGCGUGAAUUACCCACGGCCACUGUUGCCUAAUAUCAUUGAGGUGACGGGACUACAUCUAGAGAAACAACGGAAGCCACUUCCUCGGCUCUUCUGCGGAGCUGAGCAGGAGUCUAAUUUUGAAGGAAAUUUUUGA